AUGGCGAGCAAUCCUAAAGGAACCGUGCUAGUCUCGUUUGGCUCAGUCGUAACUGCCUUAAAGUAUGUGACCAAUAUCACUAUGUUAUUUGAUACCUUUGGUCAGUUACCAUAUAAUUUCAUUUGGAAAAAUACAGAGGAAAUUCCUGAUAACAUCGCUCCCAAUAUUAAAAUUGUGAAAUGGGUACCUCAAAACGAUAUUCUUGGCCAUCCAAACACCAAGGCAUUUAUAACACAUUGUGGUAUGAAUAGCCUUCUUGAAGGUGCAUAUCAUGGUGUACCUAUGGUUGGGAUUCCAGUUGCUGGUGAUCAAGUAAUUCACGCAACAAAAAUAUCAUCUAAACACGUAGGUGUAACACUCAAUGUUAAAGAAAUGACACAAAGCGAUCUGUAUUAUGCAAUUAUGAAUGUUACUACCCGACAAGACAUUAUAAAUAGCUCUAUGCAAGUUUCCAAACUAAUUCAAAAUAGACCGAAUGGUAGAACGCCUGUGGAAGAAGCUGCUGAUUGGAUGGAAUAUGCAUUAAAUUGUGAUGGUGGCGAAUAUUUGCGAACUGAGGAGUAUAAUCUGCGAUGGUACGAACUGCAUUUAAUAGACGUUUAUGUAGUUUUAUUAGUGUUACUUGCGAUUACGGUUAAAAUUUUGCAGUUGAUUUGGAGAGGUGUAAAAGCCCUCUGCUGCGCCAAAGCUCCUAAAGAGAAAAUUUCAUAA